GGUGGAGCAGCAGGAUGUCACUAGAGUGAGUGACAGCAGUGACUGAUCUAUCCAACUCACUCACUCAUUGACAGAAUACCACAACAACACACACAGACGUGUGACAUGCUGGGAGUAGUAGUCAGGAGGGCAGUGUCUUCCGAUCCCGACACCCAGUGCAGGGUGCACUGCUUACUAGCUGGUUCAUAGGAAUAUCGACUCAGGGCAGACUUCUGCGUUGUUCAGGUGACCGGCCACGUUAUCGGCAAAUUACCUUUUAUUUCUCCUGACCCCCACAGCGAUACGCAGCUCAUGUGGCUUCAUGGUGCAGUCCCACAGACCAGCCGGCCAGACAGGCCUCAGACAAGUCAGGAUGAGGCUGGGAUUGCAGGUUCUGCUUCUGGAAGCCGACCUCCUGUAAGGCGCCCAUCACAGGGCUCGGGCCACUUACCCAGGAGGCCAAGUAAGACACGGCGUCUUGGCACGGAAUCUGCGGCUCCAUCAUCCCCACCCAGGCGACGCAUUUCGGCAGUGUCACCCCAGCCACCACUGGCACUAUUGGCGAGUUCGCAGAGUGAUGAGCCCCGAUCACCUCAGUUAUCUGAGCCCAGCUUGAUGGCCGACGUGGACCAGCAGGGACAAGACCAACAGGCAACCAUCACACUGCAACUUACACCUGUUGACCCAAGCCAGCCAAUACAGCUGCAGGAUAUCCCCCAAGCCUCCAUCAGUCCACAACUGGCACAAGCUCCGCCCCCAACCCAAAUACCAGAUGACUUUUGGGCCAGUUGGACAAGCCAACAGGCCCAAAGCAAUGCCAGCCUGACCGCACAUACACAACACCUUGCCAGUCUGCCCCAUCAUCUACCGCGCAUUAGUCGCAACUCGGGCAGACUGAUUGUACAAGUAGGGCGAAUGGCAACCUCAAUGGAGCAAAUAAGGGCUGACAACAGCCAAAUGCUUGCUCAUUUAACGCGCAUCAUAGAUGAGCAACAGCGCCAUCAGCAGGCACUCGUUCAGCUCAUUCAGCACAACCAGGUUGUGAAUGAGUCCUUAUCCCGGAUUGUAGCCAGCCACACUGCAACCAACACUCAACUGAUUGCAAGCAUUAAUAAUUUGAGCAGCAAUAUUACAUUGAUGGGAGCUCACCAAGUAACCUCCAGCUCGGGGACCACGACCCCUAUCCAAACGCCAGUAACCUCCCCUGUUCGGCGUUCCUCCAGAGCACGUGCCAGUGAGCCAGCACAAAGCACAGCACCCAGCACACACAAGCGGAAAAAAUAACCCAAU